GCAAACCUCGUUGUUUAUGUUAAAAAGAAAGUUGCACAGUCGCAGUUGAAUCUAAACUCUGAUAGUGCUAUGUUCGUGUGAUAUGUUCCAUCUAUGGGUGCCAAAGCAUCGGUGAUUUGAACGCUUUUUGGAAUGCAAUCUCAAGGAACACUCGUUUACCCAUUAACCAGCGAUGGCGAGGAUAAUGUCAGUACUUCUUCGGAGGAUGACAAUGAAUGUGAUGGUGCUGUCGUCUUGCAUCAUAAUGACAAACCGGAUUUACCGUCGUUUGGCAAUAUCUCGGUGAUGAACUCUAAUGAUAUUCAUUUUGGAAAUAAAACCUUCUAUCAAGGGCCAGUGACAAUUAAACAAUUUUUGUACGCGAAUGGUACAUCUAGUAGUGAUAAGAGUGAUAAUAAUGAAGUUGUGUUAGAUCCGACAACACUCUCCAAUAAUGGAAUUGAUAAUACGAGGCUGGUGAAUGAUAUUGCGUCGGAGAAGACGAGUGAGGCCAAUAAAACCGCAGUGCAGGAAAAUAGUUCAGGAAUUGUUAAAGGAUUUCGACGAUUACAGAAACUCUCCCAAGAAAACGUUGUGAUUCUAGUCAGUCUUCUAACAGUUUUAAUUGUCUCAUUAGCUAUUCUCAUGAUUGUGUUAUUAUUAAAACAUAGUUCGAAUAAUUCCAUCGAAAAUGACCAAAUAGCCAAGGGAAAACCGGACGAACAGGAGAAAAAUACACCAGUCGACUCGCCAUUAGACUCCAAGGGAAACCUAACCCUUCCCCCCAAACUAAAACUCGUCUCCCGUCUCGAAUGGCUCGCCCAACCCCCAGUCCAACCCGCCAACCCUCUCCCCGUCCCCGUACCUUACGUCAUAAUCACCCACACGGCCACAGAAAACUGUUCUUCACAAGCUCAAUGCAUCUUCCACGUCCGUUUCAUCCAAACAUUUCACAUCGAAAGUAGAAGUUGGUGGGACAUUGGAUACAAUUUCCUAGUGGGCGGCGAUGGAGAAGCUUACGAAGGCCGAGGAUGGAAAUCGGAAGGGGCGCAUACGUACGGAUACAACGCCAAAAGCAUCGGAAUUGCCUUCAUUGGCACUUUUAACAGUUUCAAACCGCCAGAGAGACAGAUAACGGCUUGCAAACAGUUGAUUGCGAAAGGGGUGGAAUUGGGGUAUAUACGAAAGGAUUAUAAGUUGUUGGCGCAUAGACAGCUGCAGACGACGCAGAGUCCGGGGGCGGCGCUCUAUGAGGAUAUGAAAACGUGGGAGCAUUGGGCCAAAACGCCGUGAUUUUGAUUCAUUUUUGUGAUUUUUUUACACACCAAGACUGAUAUUUUAGUUAGAAAAACUGAAUAAAAACAGAAUAUUAUUGUUUAAA